AUGGCCUCAUUCAAGGAAUUGUCACUCUCGCGCCCACUCCCCAACCCCAGUCAGCGACAACAUUCCCACUCAAUUUCGCUGGGUGCGGUCAAUGCCAACCACCGCGUGACGCGCCGGAAGAGCGUCACCACUUCCGUCGCCAAUGCCGCCGCCGCGAUCGCCGCAACUAUGAAGGACGGAGAUUCCGCCUCGCUCCCGGCCUCGCACCGCCGCAGCCUUGGGGGUCGCAAGGGACUGGAAUCCAGCUCACUCGGCGCCACAGCUGGAUUCAGUUCAUAUCUUUCAAGGAGCGUGAACAGUCCGAGCCAGGAACCUCCGAUUCCCCGCAAAGCUUCUCCUAGCAAUUCCGACUCUGCGGACGGCAAAGCCUCCAACGGUCGCAACCGCCGAGCCAGUGAAGGUGCUCAGUCCAAGACCGAUGGGAAGCGUAUUCCAGCGGAUCUUCGUUGUGACCGCUGCGGGAAAGGCAUGGGCUAUUACCUCGAAACUCCUUAUCUCCAAGCACCAGCAGGUUCAGCUCCUCGAGGCUGCUACAGUGCUGGUCACGAUGAACCAGGACGACCCGGAACACUCGCCGGAAGCCGAUUCCGAAGUUUCCUCCCCUCCCCCGAUGCCUCGUCAGAGGUCCACGAUGGCCUCAGCUCGGCUGAGACAACGCCCCCGCCGAUGGACGAACAAGACGAAGACGAUGACUUUGAAAUGUCUGGAGUGCCGACCAACUGGACCAAGCGACCAAGCAUUAGCAACGCCUCCGCUUUCUCUCGGUCCUAUCAAUCGAUCCCGUCCAGCUCGUACAACGACAGUGCUCCUCUGCACUCCCCUACCUUCUCUCAUUUCCGCCAGUCCAGUGUUGACACCCGUCCAUCGACUGCUGACACAAAACUACACGAAGAUGAUGAGGCCGAUUUGGCUGCGGCCAUUGGAUUGUGCAACUUCGGUACUCCACGGACUGUGCCUGUUUCUGUGACUCCGGAUGUCCCGCCCGUGCCUCCCUUGCCUGCGCGGUACUUGGACGCGGGCAGCCACCCCGGCAACCGAAGCGCGUCUUUCGCCCACUCUGGUCCCCAGAGCGAGGCUUUCCGCCGAGGUUCCAACGCGGAUAUGUUCCUUUCGCCCUCUUCGCUCAACCCGUCACUCUCCUACAAGGUGUCCGACAUGCGCGGUGCGCCAACAGGAGAGGCGGAGGCUCGCAAUGGCCGCCAGCGUCGCAACGCGGAUGUAGACUUUGGUAGCCGUACGGGUCCAGUGGAUGACGAUGACGAUGGUGUCUUCGGCCGCAUGGAAGAAUGA